AUGAAUAGAUGUCUCGAGACCAUAGAAGUCCCAGAGCAGAGGAAGAAGGCACUCGGUGAAACACGAAACUCGAAAUCACGAGUGAACGAACUGAGUCCUGACGCAGUCGAAAACUCUGUUUUCUUGAAACGAAUUAUUGCGCCCGCCCGAUUCGAUGCCUUGCUCGCCUGGAUGCAAUAUCGCCCGGACGGAGAGUACGCUGGGAUUGGACUAAGACGUUUUGCAACGACACCCGCACGGGCCACAAGCGCACAGGCGUUAACGUACCCGCGACAAGAUAUAUUGAAGAUUUCGCCCGACGUUAACGGCUUGACGUCGUUUUGGACGUCAGGCGAAUAUUUCCAUGAUGUACAUGUGUUCGUGGGGAGUUGUGGCACUCACUGCCCAGAUGCCGAACGCGCAUUCAGGCUCCAUGUUCGACCAUGUUUUCCCCAUCUUUUUUUCUUCCUCGUACAAUGCUUCCGUGAUGGUGGUCCAGCCAUCGGCGAGAAGACUUACAACGCUAGAACUCUUCGAGCUCUAGUCGACACGGGUGCAGUUCGUUCAUUUGUGUAUUCACACCUUGAAAACGAUUCCGAAUCCGAUUCGGAUGUUCAUUCUCAAACGCUCAUGCAGUUCAUCAACGAUUCAACGCACCAUUGCGCCUGCUCUAUCUGUGCCUAUCUACCACCAGUAUCUCUCUCCCAUCUGCUUCCAGAGCGGCGACAACAGCGCGCUAUAUAG